AUGAAAGAAAAGAUUGGCGAGGUGGCAUACAGGUUAGAGUUGCCAGUGGAGUCUCAAAUCCAUCCAGUAAUGCAUGUGUCUCAAUUGAAAAUGAGCUUAAGUGAUGAUCACGAGGCACAUACUCGGUUACCGACAUUGAAUGGGGAUGGACAAAUCAUCGUACAACCUCGUCGAGCAUUGAAAUAUCCAAGAAUAAAGAGACCCAGACGAUUUCAUUGGGAAGUCUUGGUGGAAUGGGAAGAUUUACCGGCAGAGGAGGCCACUUGGAAGAAUAUGCAGGAUAUUCGGUGUAUCCUCAAAAACGCAUACAAUCGGGCCCGACGAGCUCAACUCAAGAAAGCUAGACUUGAAGCAGAUGUAGGAACAAGUCUUAUGUCCAUGCAGCAGGUUUUCAAGGGUCUGCCACGCUGCGAAGGACACCGCGCCGUGCCGCUUCAGACCGUCAUGCCGCGAGCUCCAUCGAUCACCACGCCGCAGAGAGAUACGUGA